UUAGAUCUCUAAUUUCUUGCGAACGAAGGGGAAGCUGAAAUCUAGCUAAGUUGACGAUGAUGAUGAUGAUUGAUAGGUCUAGAGUCGUUUCAAUUCUGUUAGUUCUAGGGUUUCUUUCUAACGUAGCUGAAUCUCUUCGAUUUGAUCUUCAAUCGAGCCAUACAAAAUGCAUAUCCGAAGACAUCAAGUCCAAUUCAAUGACCGUCGGGAAGUACCACGUAGUCAACCCUAACGAAGACCAGCCCCUACCGGAGUCUCACAAUCUCACUAUCAGGGUUACUUCGGCGUCUGGGAACAGCUAUCACUUCGCGGAUCAUGUCACUUUUGGGCAGUUUGCUUUUCAAGCAACGGAAGCUGGGGACUACGUUACUUGCUUUUGGGCUGUUGAUCACAAGCCUCAAGUUACUAUAACUGUUGAUUUUGAUUGGAGGACCGGUAUUUCUGCCAAGGACUGGUCUAAUGUUGCUAAGAAAGGCUCAGUUGAUUCCAUGGAAUUUGAGCUGAAGAAGUUACAUGAGGUGAUUACUUCGAUUCAUGAAGAGAUGUUUUAUCUGCGUGAAAGGGAGGAAGAAAUGCAGGAGCUUAUAAAGAGCACAAACUCGACAAUGGGUUGGUUAAGUUUUCUUUCCCUGUUAGUUUGCCUAUCAGUGGCUGGUUUGCAGUUCUGGCACUUGAAGAGCUUUUUCGAAAAGAAGAAGCUCAUUUAGUGUUUUUUAUAGACCUUUCUUUUUUCCCUCUUUUGUAGUUAGUUUCCACUGAAAUGCUCAUGUUCAAUGUUCUGUCAACAGCAUGUAAAAGAUAACUAGACAUAAUAUUUGGAAACACAUACAUUUAAGGGUUUUGUUUCUCGUUCGGAUGUUGAUCUAGACGGACGAGACCUAUUUGGAAAAUGAACUUGUCUUACCCCCUUUUAC